AUGAACGGCCACAGCUCCCCUCCUCUUGAUGUCCUGGCCACCAAUGGCACCGAGCUGACCGUCGUCCCUGAGACCAUGAUUGCUGUGUUGGGAGCCAGCACCUCCUCCGGGCCCCAGGCCAAAAGCAUCACUGGGGUAUACGUGGAGGCCUCCAGCCAGGCCCAGAGUCUCUACGCUGCCAUGAAGCAGGGCCUCCUGUCCAGUGAGCUUGGGCUGGCUCUGCUGGAGGCCCAGGCCGCCACCGGGGGCCUCGUGGACCCCACGCGGGGCCACUUACUCUCUGUGUCUGAGGCCGUGCAGCAGGGCCUGGUAGGCCUGGGGCUGAAGGAAAGGCUGCUGGCUGCUGAGCGGGCAGUCACUGGGUAUCCCGAUCCCUAUGGUGGCGGGAAGCUGGCCCUCUUCCAGGCCAUCGGGAAGGAGGUGAUAGGGCGAGCACAGGGGUACAGCUGGUUGGAGGCCCAGCUGGCCACCGGGGGCCUGGUGGACCCCAUUCGGGGUGGGCGAGUGACCCCGGAGCUGGCCUGUCAGCAGGGCCUCCUGGACCAGGAGACAUGGCGUGUUCUGGCAGAGGGCAAGCCGAGUUCCAGCACCCCUGGCUUCCAGGACCCCAACACAGGAGAGUGGCUGUCCUACGGCAGUCUGCUGGGCAGGUGUGUGAGAGCCCCCGGCACUGGGCUGGCCGUCUUGCCCCUCAAAACCACGUUCCACACCCUGUGUGGGGCAGUGAGCUUGGCAGAGCUGCAGGAGGUGGGCAUCCUGGAUGGGGAGACCGCCCGGGGCCUUCAGGAGGGCAAGCUGUCAGUGUCGGAUGUGAGUGCCCGGGCUGCCGUGAGGCGCUACCUGCAGGGCACGGGCAGCGUGGCCGGGGUUGUCCUGCUGCCCGUUGGCCGCAAGAAGAGCUUCUUCCAGGCUGUCACCGAGCACCUGCUCCCAAUGGCCAUGGCGCUCCCGCUCUUGGAGGCUCAGGCCGCCACCUGCGCGCUGGUGGACCCAGGCACCGGCCAGCAGCUGUGGGUGGAUGAGGCUGUCAGGUCUGGCCUGCUCGGCCCAGAGCUCCAUGGGCAGCUUCUGGUGGCAGAGCAGGCGGUGACAGGCUACCACGACCCCUUCAGCAGCAUGCGGGUCACCCUCUUCCAGGCCAUGAAAAAGGAGCUGGUGGACAGGUCCCUGGCGCUGCGACUCCUGGAUGCCCAGCUGGCCACCGGGGGGCUCGUGUGUCCAGCCCGCAGGCUCCGGUUGCCCCUGGAGGGCGCCCUACGCUUCGGAUGCCUGGACGAAGAAACACGGCGGUGUGUCUCACGGGCCACUGGCUUCUUGGACCCCAGCACGCAGGAGAGCCUUGGCUAUGGGCAGCUGAUGGCCCGUUGUGUCACCGACCCAGAGACAGGGCUGGCCUUCCUUCCGCUCUCAAAUGGCACCCUUGGAGGGGAGCCACAAGGACUCCCGUUCAUCGACCACAGCACCCGGCAGGCCUUAAGUGAGGCCACAACCACCAUCUCCGUGGGCCAGUUCCAGGGCCGGCCCGUGUCUCUCUGGGAGCUGCUCUUCUCCGAGGCCAUCCCCGCAGAGCAGAGGGCAGCCCUGGCCCAGCGGCACCGGGAGGGCGCCAUCUCGGCGGAGGAACUGGCAGCGGCACUGAGGGCCAUCCUUGAGCAUGCUGCAGCCACGGCCAAGACCACCUUCGCUGGACUGAGGGGGCCCGUGAUGCCCGCUGAGCUGCUAGAAGCGGGGAUCAUCGAGCAGGACAUGUACGAGCGUCUGGAGCGAGGCCAGACCACAGCCCGGGAAGUGGGCAGGCUGGACCCCGUGCAGAAAUACCUGGAAGGGACCGGGUGCGUUGCCGGCCUGCUGCUGCCCAGCUCCCAGGAGCGCCUUAGCAUCUACGAGGCUCGCGGGAGGGGGCUUCUCAGGCACGGCACGGCUCUCAUCCUCCUGGAGGCGCAGGCGGCCACAGGUUUCAUCCUUAACCCGAAGGAGAACAAGAGAUACUCCGUGGAGGAGGCCCUGAGGGCCGGCCUCAUCGGGCCCGACGUGUUCGCAAAGCUGCUGUCCGCGGAGCGCGCCGUCACCGGCUACACCGACCCCUACACGGGGGAGCAGAUCUCCCUCUUCCAGGCCAUGCAGAAGGACCUCAUCGUCCGYGACCACGGCMUCCGCCUGCUGGAGGCGCAGAUCGCCACGGGCGGCAUCAUCGACCCCGUGCACAGCCACCGGCUGCCCGUGGACGUGGCCUACCGGCGCGGCUACUUUGACGAGGACAUGAACCGCGUCCUGGCGGACCCGAGCGACGACACCAAGGGCUUCUUCGACCCCAACACGCACGAGAACCUCACGUAUGUGCAGCUUCUCCAGAGAGCUACUCUUGACCCAGAGACCAGCCUGCUAUUUCUCUCUCUUAGUUGAGUUAGGAUGGUUUUCCUUUGUGUUGUGUGGUUUAUG